AUGUCAGACUCAACCCCCGAGGCCUUUAGAUCCUGUGGCCAGAUCGGCGCAGCUCCAGGCGAAGACCGUUUAGCGGUCGAGAGGCAGGCUUUCUGGGACAAUGGGACAGAAAUUGUUGUCAACAUUGGAAGUGACUACGUGCGCAGUAAAGUCAUAGAAUAUGCUAACACGUGGUCUUUGUACGCCAACUUGACCUUCAGAUUCAUGGAAAGGGAUGAAGAGGGGGAGAGCGAUAUUCGCGUGUCUUUCACCCCGGGCGGUUCAUGGUCGCAUGUAUCCCAAAUGCCCGUCAACAGAAAGCUUAAUCUAACAUCUCUCAGCAACAUCGGCGCCGGCUGCAAAACCGUUGCUCAAGACCAGCCUACUAUGAACUACGGCUGGUUCGACGACACUACUUCCGACGAGGAGUUUUCCCGGGUCGUGAUCCACGAGUUCGGCCACGCCAUCGGCUGUACUCACGAGCAAAGCUCUCCGGUGGCCAACAUACCGUGGAAAAGGGAGGUAGUCUAUGAAGCUUACGAGAAGAAUGAUGGGUGGACGAGGGAGAUGGUGGACAGCCAGGUGUUUGCGGUUGCGGAGCAGGAGACUGUUGUCAAUAGUAGGUAUGAUCCAACGAGCAUUAUGCAAUAUCCCUACGAUGCAGCAUGGACCCUCGACGGCUCCUCCGCCGGCUGGAACAGAGUUCUCUCCUCACUCGACAAAACAUUCAUCAUGCGCACUUACCCCAAAGAAGGUAUCGUGCGCACCUCCCAAGAUGGCAUCUACCUCGUCAACUGCUUCAGGGGCGAGGAACAAUCCAGUGGUGUCGCGUACUAUGGGCGCUUCGGAAACAACGACGGCCAAGAACCUGACGAGUGGCUGGAGAUUACGAAUGGGGAAUUGAAUUGGUGGGAAGAUGGCGGAGAAGUGACACUUUCCAACGGCAAGACGAUCGCCUGGAAUCUCGAUGGCGAGGCGGGCAGGGCAGAACUCUUUACGAGAGUAGGGUUCGCGGAGACGAGCGGGGAGGAGCAAGGGGAGAAGUGGAAUGUUUAUCGGGAUGAGGAGAGGGUGUUAUUUAAGCGAGAUGGCUGGCAGUGUUUUGUUCUUUUCUGGGCUUUCUAA